CAGUAAAUACCUGGGCACAGGACUUCAAAGCAAACAGAUUCCCCCUCCCCCUUAAUAUUUAAGAAUUAAAAAGAUGAUGAGAAAUAAGGACAAAAGCCAAGAGGAGGACAGUUCGCUACACAGCAAUGCAUCGAGAAUCGCCUGGAAUGCUUUAUCUUCUGAAGCUUAUAAAUGUACUGUUUGUUCAAAUCAUAAUUUGUUUCACAUUCCUUGGAGUAGCUUAUUAGUGAUUUAAGUAAUAAACUCUUUAAGAUGUUUUUGUUAAAUGAUCUCUGUAUCUUAAUUUCUAAAAGUACAUGAAUGCAUUUUGGGAUGUGUUUUUAAGAAUUGUCAUGUUAUAAAUUUUAAAUCAUGCAGUUAACAAGAAUGUGAUGGGUUAUUUUUUUUUUUCUUCACAAUUUUGAUUUUAUUUUUCUGUAACUAUUUUUCUAAUUAUUGGGCUAGUAAAUUUGGAAGUUUUGAAUAUGGUUUAUUCCAAAUGUUGACUUUUGCUUUAGACUAAAAUAUCUUGAGCCUUUCUUUUAAAAAUAUAUUUGCAAACUACUUUCGCAUAUUGAGAUAAUUUUUGGAUGUCUUUCAAAUUGAAUUGUCCAUGUAAUUACUAGGUUAUAUGUAGGACAAAAACUACUAAUCGUACACUGAUUUUUCUGGAAAGUUAUGACAAUUUGAAGAAAUAGUUUCCCCAGAUAUAUUUGACAGAUUAUUAAAGAUUCAGUUCUAAAAUGUUGCUCCCUUGAGUGUAUGAUUUGCAUAGUCUCAUAUGGGUUUUGGCUUUCUUAUGUAAGGUUUGUGGUUAACUUCAUUGAUCAAUGCUUUCUAAUGUAGAAAACUGAGCAGUGCUGCCAUUCUUUUAAUAUUUUUACUCUCAUCUAGAAAACUACUUGGAAGUUGUUAUGAAUUUGACUACUUGGAGUUAACAGCUGAAUAAGAAGCCAUGUAUUUAAAGUCUUUUGCCAAGUAUUCUGUAAAUCAUACACCUGAUGAAUGUCCAAAAAUAUUAGAGACUCCUUGACAAGAAGAUGGAGUUACUUUUAAAUUACUGUUACUCUAAAUUGCAUACAUUAUUAAUACAUGUACAUAAUUAUGACAUCACUUCCUUUUAAAAUUGUAAAGCUUAAAGGAUGUUAGUGUUGCUUCAGUGUAGUACAUUGUUACUUCUAGUGAGCUGAUAUUGAAUUGUUCCUCUCACUAGUACUUGGAUCCUGUGUCAUUAAUCUGUAAGGGCCCAUGUUUUUAUGGCACAAAGCAUGGUAUUAGGGAAUAUUGUGAGAAUCACCUUUGUAGCCCUAGUCACAAGACAGUAAAGGAGUUUGCAGGUCAAGUAAACUUUGGUCUGAACUAAUUUAGGAACUCUAAGGAAUGUGUGUGAGUUUAAGUAAACCUGGUAUUUUCUGUAUUUGUAACUCCUGUAUACUUAAUAGUGAUUAUGUAAGCCUGUAUUAUUUGGACGUUAAUGCUCAAUUCUAAUAUGUUAUACGUUGUGUAUUAUUAUUUGAAGAUUAAAAAGUUUUCUUUCACAAAUGUGAUUUUAAAAACAUUUGAUAUCUGUAAAAAUUUCUAAAUAUUUAAAAGUGUUGGCAAUGGACAUAAAAAGUGUACUGUACACUUGGGAUAACUUCAGCAAUAUCAAAGAAUAGAAAACUGGGGAGAAGAAAAUGUGGAUGGAACUGUGUGCACACAGUUCUGUAUUCUAAGAUGCUACAUUUGCAGUUUUAACUUAAAAACAGUUUAUUAAAUUUACGGCCAAAUCGUCUGCCUUUGAUUCAGGUUUGUUUUGAUAACCCAAGGUGCGAGUAAAAUCUUAUGCUUUCAUAAGCCUUUUCGCCCUUAGUCUAAAAGGUAGGGGAUGAUUAGAAAUGGCAUAAUGCAGUGCUUGUGGAUUGGAACAGGCAGUUUAAGUGGCAGCCAUUUUAUGACGCUGAUAAUACUUUAAAAAUUGGGAUUUUUUUUGAGAGGGCUGAAAAUAAACGAAACCUGAACUACACAAACAUUUUUUUCCCCCCAUUCUCUUCGUCUUUGGUGCUCCGAUGCUGAAAUAAUAGACAGCUCGAUAGUUAACGAAGGCAACAGCCCUGAGCCCCUGGCAUCUUGGUGCAGGUCCAGCUCAGUCACAAAAUGGCUGUUCCUUUGUGCCGCAGCGCUGACAGACAUACUGCAUUGCACUGUGUACUCGCCAAACAGCAGGAAGUUGCCGUGCCGAGUUCAAAGGCCGGCCGGCGCUGGCGCCGGGUGCUGAUUGGCUAUGCGCGCGCUUAGUAACAGCGGGGUCAACGGCGGCGCCUUCAGGCAGGCCCCGCCCCGUGACGACAACAGGCUCUCCGCAGGGAGGAGAGAACGCCGUGACGUCUAUCCGCAUGCGCGUGUUGGGCGCUUCCCUUUUCGCUUUAGCCAGUCGUCUGCCUCUGGGAGGGGGGAAAGAACCCGGUGGGACUUUCCGGUGGGCAGCUGGUUUCCUGACUGAUUUGGCUCAUGGCCGUCCUGUCUGCCCUUAUCUAUACCGGUCCACACCCCACCGUGUGUUUUUCUUUGCUGGUUCCUGGGCAUAGUUGUUCUCUCUUGGAAGUGGCUUUUACUUUGGGAGAAAAAAGGCAGUAAUCGGAAAUCUUCAAAUAGAAAACCUUCCAGUGUUUUUUAAAGUUUUUGCUUUCCCUUUUCAUACCCCAGUGGAUUUUUCUUUAUCCCUGUUCAUUUCCUUGUUCAGUGAAGAGAUUAGUGAGUUCAAAUUUGUUACCAUUGACCAAAACCGGAACUUCUUAUUUUAAUUGAAUCGUUAAUGAGUGCUAAAGCUGCUGUUUAGUACAUGGCUCACAAACCAAGGGACGAUUGUUUGAACUUGACCCCUUGCAUUUUUAGUUGGUACCAUACAUUUUCUCAAUUGGCAUUUGAUGGAGAAAAACUCAGUCAUUCAGCCUCUGAAGAAGCUUCAGGUUCAGAUUCAGGCAGCCAAUCGGAAAGUGAGCAGGGCAGUGAUCCAGGAGGUGGACAUGGGAGCGAGUCGAACAGCAGUUCUGAAUCUUCUGAGAGUCAGUCAGAAUCUGAGAGUGAAUCUGCAGGUUCCAAAUCCCAACCAGUUCUUCCAGAAGCCAAAGAGAAGCCAGCAUCCAAGAAGGAACGGAUAGCUGAUGUGAAGAAGAUGUGGGAAGAAUAUCCUGAUGUUUAUGGGGUUAGGCGAUCAAACCGAAGCAGACAAGAACCAUCACGAUUUAAUAUUAAGGAAGAGGCAAGUAGCGGGUCUGAGAGUGGGAGCCCAAAAAGAAGAGGCCAGAGGCAGCUGAAAAAACAAGACAAAUGGAAACGGGAACCCUCAGAAGAUGAACAGGAUCAAGGCACCAGUGCAGAGAGUGAACAAGAACAAAAAAAAGUGAAAGCCAGAAGACCUGUCCCCAGAAGGACAGUUCCCAAACCUCGGGUUAAAAAGCAACCUAAGGCUCAGCGUGGAAAGAAAAAAAAGCAAGAUUCUUCCGAUGAUGAUGACGAAGAUGAUGAAGCUCCCAAAAGGCAGACUCGUAGAAGAGCUGCUAAGAAUGUUAGUUAUAAAGAAGAUGAUGACUUUGAGACUGAUUCAGAUGAUCUCAUUGAAAUGACUGGGGAAGGAGUUGAUGAACAGCAAGAUAAUAGUGAAACUAUUGAAAAGGUCUUAGAUUCAAGAUUGGGAAAGAAAGGAGCCACUGGAGCUUCUACUACUGUAUAUGCUAUUGAAGCUAAUGGAGAUCCUAGUGGUGACUUUGACACUGAAAAGGAUGAAGGUGAAAUUCAGUACCUCAUCAAAUGGAAGGGUUGGUCUUAUAUCCACAGUACAUGGGAGAGUGAAGAAUCUUUACAGCAACAGAAAGUGAAAGGCCUAAAAAAAUUAGAGAAUUUCAAGAAGAAAGAAGAUGAAAUCAAACAAUGGUUAGGAAAAGUUUCUCCUGAAGAUGUGGAAUAUUUCAAUUGCCAACAGGAACUGGCUUCAGAGUUGAAUAAACAAUAUCAGAUAGUAGAAAGAGUAAUAGCUGUGAAGACAAGUAAAUCUACAUUGGGUCAAACAGAUUUUCCAGCUCAUACUCGGAAGCCAGCACCUUCGAAUGAACCUGAGUAUCUCUGCAAAUGGAUGGGACUUCCCUAUUCAGAGUGUAGCUGGGAAGAUGAGGCCCUGAUUGGAAAGAAAUUCCAGAGCUGCAUCGACAGCUUCCAUAGUAGGAACAACUCAAAAACUAUCCCAACAAGAGAAUGCAAGGCCCUGAAGCAAAGACCACGAUUUGUAGCUUUAAAGAAACAGCCAGCCUAUUUAGGAGGGGAAAAUCUGGAGCUCCGAGAUUAUCAGCUAGAAGGUCUCAACUGGCUUGCUCAUUCCUGGUGCAAAAAUAACAGUGUAAUUCUUGCUGAUGAAAUGGGCCUAGGAAAGACCAUCCAGACCAUAUCAUUCCUGUCCUACCUGUUCCACCAACACCAGCUGUAUGGACCCUUUCUUAUAGUCGUCCCUUUAUCCACCCUCACCUCAUGGCAGAGGGAGUUUGAAAUCUGGGCACCAGAGAUUAACGUAGUGGUUUACAUAGGUGACCUGAUGAGCAGAAAUACGAUACGGGAAUAUGAAUGGAUUCAUUCUCAAACCAAAAGGCUCAAGUUCAAUGCACUUAUAACAACAUAUGAGAUCCUUUUAAAAGAUAAGACUGUGCUGGGCAGUAUUAACUGGGCCUUUCUGGGAGUGGAUGAAGCCCAUCGGUUGAAGAAUGAUGACUCUUUAUUAUAUAAAACUCUGAUUGAUUUCAAGUCCAACCAUAGGCUCCUGAUUACGGGAACCCCUCUUCAGAAUUCCCUCAAGGAGCUCUGGUCCUUGCUGCACUUUAUUAUGCCGGAGAAGUUUGAAUUCUGGGAAGAUUUUGAAGAAGACCAUGGAAAGGGAAGAGAAAAUGGCUACCAGAGUCUUCAUAAGGUGCUAGAGCCUUUCCUUCUCAGGAGAGUCAAAAAAGAUGUGGAGAAAUCCCUUCCUGCCAAAGUGGAACAGAUUCUCAGAGUAGAGAUGUCGGCCCUUCAGAAACAGUAUUACAAAUGGAUACUGACCAGGAAUUAUAAGGCUCUUGCCAAAGGAACAAGAGGCAGUACAUCUGGUUUUCUUAAUAUUGUGAUGGAACUGAAAAAAUGCUGCAACCAUUGUUAUCUAAUUAAACCUCCUGAAGAAAAUGAAAGGGAAAAUGGACAGGAGAUUCUUCUGUCCCUGAUCAGGAGCAGUGGGAAACUGAUUCUCUUAGACAAACUGUUGACAAGACUUCGAGAAAGGGGGAACAGAGUCCUUAUCUUCUCUCAGAUGGUGAGAAUGUUGGAUAUCCUGGCUGAGUACCUGACUAUUAAGCAUUAUCCUUUCCAGCGUCUGGAUGGUUCCAUCAAGGGAGAAAUCCGAAAACAGGCACUGGAUCACUUCAAUGCAGAUGGGUCUGAGGACUUCUGUUUCCUGCUCUCGACAAGGGCUGGUGGCCUGGGAAUCAAUUUGGCUUCAGCGGACACAGUGGUCAUCUUUGACUCUGACUGGAACCCCCAGAAUGACUUGCAGGCACAAGCCCGAGCCCACAGAAUUGGUCAGAAGAAGCAGGUAAAUAUUUACCGCUUAGUUACAAAAGGGACUGUGGAAGAGGAAAUCAUAGAACGGGCCAAAAAGAAGAUGGUAUUGGACCAUCUGGUGAUUCAGCGCAUGGAUACCACUGGCCGGACAGUUCUGGAAAACAACUCUGGAAGAUCUAACUCAAAUCCUUUUAAUAAAGAAGAACUGACAGCGAUUUUGAAAUUUGGAGCAGAGGAUCUCUUCAAAGAACUUGAAGGGGAAGAGUCAGAGCCUCAGGAAAUGGAUAUAGAUGAAAUUCUACGGUUGGCUGAAACCAGAGAGAAUGAAGUGUCAACAAGUGCGACAGAUGAGCUUUUAUCACAGUUUAAGGUUGCCAAUUUUGCAACAAUGGAAGAUGAAGAAGAGCUGGAAGAACGUCCUCACAAGGACUGGGACGAGAUCAUUCCAGAGGAGCAAAGGAAAAGAGUAGAGGAAGAGGAGAGGCAGAAGGAACUAGAAGAAAUUUAUAUGCUGCCCCGAAUUCGUAGUUCCACUAAAAAGGCUCAGACAAAUGACAGUGAUUCUGACACAGAGUCUAAGAGGCAGGCCCAAAGAUCUUCUGCUUCAGAGAGUGAGACAGAUGAUUCUGAUGACGACAAGAAGCCAAAACGCAGAGGGCGUCCCCGAAGUGUGAGGAAAGACCUCGUGGAGGGAUUUACUGAUGCAGAGAUCCGAAGGUUCAUCAAGGCUUAUAAGAAGUUUGGUCUCCCUCUUGAACGAUUGGAGUGCAUAGCACGAGAUGCUGAGCUUGUGGAUAAGUCUGUGGCAGACUUGAAACGCCUGGGUGAACUGAUUCACAAUAGCUGUGUGUCAGCUAUGCAGGAAUAUGAAGAACAGUUGAAAGAAAAUGCCAGUGAGGGGAAAGGGCCAGGGAAAAGGAGAGGUCCAACAAUCAAGAUAUCUGGAGUUCAGGUUAAUGUGAAAUCCAUUAUCCAACAUGAAGAAGAGUUUGAGAUGCUGCAUAAAUCCAUCCCUGUGGACCCUGAAGAAAAAAAAAAAUACUGCUUAACCUGUCGGGUGAAAGCUGCACACUUUGAUGUAGAGUGGGGAGUGGAAGAUGACUCUCGCUUGCUGCUAGGAAUUUAUGAACAUGGCUAUGGAAACUGGGAGUUAAUUAAGACGGACCCAGAGUUGAAACUGACAGAUAAAAUUCUGCCUGUGGAGACAGAUAAAAAGCCUCAGGGGAAGCAGCUACAGACUCGAGCGGAUUACUUGCUGAAGCUGCUCAGGAAGGGUCUGGAGAAGAAGGGGGCUGUGACAGGCGGGGAAGAGGCCAAAUUAAAAAAGCGGAAGCCUCGAGUAAAAAAGGAAAACAAAGCACCGAGGUUGAAAGAUGAGCAUGGACUUGAGUUUUCAUCUCCUAGACACUCAGAUAAUCCAUCAGAGGAAGGAGAAGUAAAGGAUGAUGGCUUAGAAAAAAGUCCAAUGAAGAAAAAACAGAAGAAGAAAGAGAACAAAGAGAACAAGGAGAAGCAAAUGAGUUCUAGGAAAGACAAAGAAGGGGACAAAGAAAGGAAGAAGUCAAAAGAUAAGAAAGAGAAGCCUAAAGGUGGUGAAGCCAAAUCUUCAAGUAAAUCAAAGCGAUCUCAGGGUCCAGUCCAUAUUACAGCAGGAAGUGAACCUGUCCCCAUUGGAGAGGAUGAGGAUGAUGAUCUGGACCAGGAGACCUUCAGUAUUUGUAAGGAGAGGAUGAGGCCAGUGAAAAAGGCACUGAAGCAGCUGGACAAACCCGACAAGGGGCUCAACGUUCAAGAACAGCUUGAACACACCCGAAAUUGCCUGCUCAAAAUUGGAGACCGGAUAGCCGAGUGCCUUAAAGCCUACUCAGACCAGGAGCACAUCAAACUGUGGAGGAGGAAUCUAUGGAUUUUUGUUUCCAAGUUUACAGAAUUUGAUGCUCGAAAGUUACACAAGUUAUACAAGAUGGCUCAUAAGAAAAGAUCUCAAGAGGAGGAGGAGCAAAAGAAGAAAGAUGACAUGAUUGGUGGUAAGAAACCAUUUCGACCAGAGGCCUCGGGCUCAAGCCGGGAUUCUCUGAUAUCUCAGUCCCACACCUCACACAACCUUCACCCUCAGAAGCCUCAUUUGCCUGCUUCCCAUGGCCCACAGAUGCAUGGACACCCAAGAGAUAACUACAAUCACCCCAACAAGAGACACUUUAGUAAUGCAGAUCGAGGAGACUGGCAGAGGGAAAGAAAGUUCAACUAUGGUGGUGGCAACAAUAAUCCACCAUGGGGCAGUGACCGGCAUCAUCAGUAUGAGCAACACUGGUACAAGGACCACCACUAUGGGGACCGGCGACAUAUGGAUGCCCACCGUUCUGGAAGUUAUCGACCCAACAAUCUGUCCAGAAAAAGACCAUAUGAUCAGUACAGCAGUGACCGAGACCACCGGGGACACAGAGAUUAUUAUGACAGACACCAUCAUGACUCCAAGAGGAGGAGAUCUGAUGAUUUUAGGCCUCAAAAUUACCACCAGCAGGAUUUCCGUCGAAUGUCUGAUCACCGCCCCCCUAUGGGCUACCAUGGCCAGGGACCCUCAGACCAUUACCGCUCUUUCCACACAGACAAAUUGGGGGAAUAUAAACAGCCCCUGCCCCCAUUGCACCCUGCAGUCUCAGAUCCUCGUUCACCCCCUUCUCAGAAAUCUCCUCACGAUUCUAAGUCACCCCUGGAUCACAGGUCUCCUUUGGAGAGAUCACUAGAACAGAAAAACAACCCAGAUUAUAACUGGAAUGUUCGGAAAACAUAAAGGACAGCUCAGAAAGGGGAGAGCAGGAGACAUCAUGUGGACGUUUUUGGUCUGGUCCAACAGUGGCCAGGUAUCUAGACCGGUGAGUGGAGUUUCUGGACAUGCUGCUGCCGUCAACUCACCGGCUGAAGGAGCACUUGAAGGAGUGGGAGGCCUUUCGUCGGGCGGGCUUUGAUUUGGGUCACCACUCCUGCACUUUGGCACCCCAUCCCACUCCAGCCUGGUUGUUGCCUCCCACCUGAUGGGUGCUAGGAGGAAGAGGUGACUUUUUGUGCACCAGCUUUAUUGGGCUGUUUCCCCAGCAAAGGAAUCUGGGAUCUUAAGAGUCAUGAAUGUUUAACUGCCAGGUUCAGUGUUCCUGGACUUUGGUGCAGUGGUCAGGGGAAGGAAUUGGUGCAUGAAGGCUACCAGGACCUGCUGGACAGUGUGGGAUUUGGUUCACUAUGACAUGAUGGAUGCUGCUGUUGGGGAGUGGGGUGAGUGGGUGGAUCUCAUAUCAUAGGACUUAAAGGGGAGCAGGUGUACUCCUCAAACGUGUCCUUGGGAGAGAUUAUACUUGGCUUCAUUAUGUGAAAACUACAGGGUGGGAGUAGGUAGAGGACAGCAAGAGAGGAAAAUUACUUCUACCAUGUCCUCCUUCCUACCAACACUAAUUUUCCCCACACUGUCUUUGUACAUUUCAAGGGUUUGGUCUCCUGGGUGGGCCUGCUUUUCCCUGUGCCAGGGAAAGUAGUGUCCUUCUGACUGAUUUUCAAGUACUGUGAGUUAGGCAACAUGGAUGUCAGCGUGGUUAUUCCUUGAUUGGGGAUUGGGCUGAGUGGGUCUAGGGUGGAGGUAGGGAGGGGCGUAGUGUGACCAGGACAGGAAUCCCUGGUGGAUUUCUGAUUCUUGUGGUGAGAGGAAAACCACAGGUCCUGGACAGGAAGCAGAGGCAGGCCUGCUGACCAGUGGGCAAGCACAGAGGUGGGAACACUUGUGUAGGUGGUUGGCAGGUUUCUUGAAGGGGGCUUUAGGUAGUGCCAGCAAAUGGGGGAGCUUUCAGUAUUGGAAUAGGUCAACAUCUGCAGCUACAUUUUAGUUUCCUUUGCACAGCUUGACAAAGUAGGUUACACAGAUCUCCCAGAAUUCAUGGGGUGGUCAGAUGAAAAUAAGUAACCUGUGGUGAAGAAGUUUCCAUUGCUUGUUAGAGAUCAGUAGAAUUGUACUUGGUUUCCUUUAGUAUAAGAUCUGUAAAGUAUAAACCUAAGUUAAUUUUUUUCCCAAAUAGAAAUUGUCUACAGCCAGGGUGCCUGAGUUGUAAGUGGUAAGAGUCGUACUGGAGUUGAAUGGAGGCAGGAUUGGGGGACAGGUUGGUUGUAUCAUAAGGCAAGCUCCUUUCACUGUACUGAUGCUCAGGCCUUUUAUUAAUUUCAGUAUAGCUUGCCAGUAUUGUAUCCAAAGCUUUUCUAGACGGAGACAGAAAAACUUGAACAUACGAGUAUCCAGGUUCUAAGCUAAUGGGUUGAACUCCCUGAACUAACUUGUGGGGACCUCUGUAAGAUCAUUUGUCACAUACUUGCUGAUAUCCUAGGCAGCACCGUUAUUGGCUUUACCGAAACAUGCCCGCAUUGCCUCCCCUGAGGGAAACAGAUAUAGCCAUGGUGAGCCAUUUCUCCUGCUGUACAGAGCAUUAUAGGGCUGGUGCUGAGUUUCCAGGUGAGAGUCAGGGUUCCUACAGGUUGUAUUGGGAAGGCUCACUACCUUCUUAGCCCCUCGUUGUACUUGGGGUGGCUCACCCUGGCCUUGUACAUGCACACCCUACAACAGAGCCCGGAGCAUCUGGCCUCCAUCCUCCCAUGGGGAGGCCUGCCAUGACUGCUCGGUGAAGGCAGGAAAUCAAAUCUCCACACAUUGAAAAGGAAACCACAGAAGGAGCUUCUUGCUAAUAAUAUCAACACUAUCCUGUGUUCUGCCCAAGCCAAAGAGGAAGAUUGGGUUGAUUUGCUGGACCUUGAGUGUUGGGAUGUGGGGGUAAGAAGGGGAUGAGCCCCCAUGGGAAGCUGCAGGGUUGGAGGCACCAUCCAUACUUACCCAGGUUUUUCUCUCAAGUUGUUGAUAGGAGUUGUGAGUUAUUCCCAAAGAUGUCUCAUCAUGAGGAAAAAAAGGAACUUCCUUUUGUUCACAUUCAGGACUUUUAGUGCCAUAUGAUGUAGCAAAAGGCAAUAUGGGCCAGAUCAGUGUUAUAUUGAUUAUAAAAUUACAGUAUCCCCCAUUAAACAUCUGUUUUAGGUGUUGAAGUUUAUUUGAAAAGUGGGUUGGGAGAAAGGAGGCAUUUCCUCACUGAUUUUUAAUCAGUACAAGUAUAUGUUUAAAUCACAACAGAAGUUUGCACAGGUAAAAAUUCUCUCACUUUUGGAAAUGGGAGAGACUGCCCCAGGAAUCUGAGGAUGGUAUUACAUGGAGCCUGGCUUUGAAUGAAUAGCAGAAGGUGAGGAAGGAGGGAGUCUGCAUCAUCAAAAUCUGAAGUAAACAGGGAUGGACAGGAUGUGCCAUAGCCCUAGAAAAGGACAAGGCGAGCUCCCGUGCUGCUCACUGUAUGUAGUCUCUCAGGGGGACUGGAGGGACACAGCCAGGCCCUCUGGGGAGCCUAACCUGAUGGUCCUAGGCUUGCUCUCACAUUAGGCAUUCCCUAAGCCCUUCCAAGGGAACCCCACACUUUCCCCCAACAUGCUGCAGACAUUCUGGCCCUGAGUCUAAAAAUUGCAUCAGGCCUGAGGUGCAAAGGCAAUUUAUUUGGGAGUUCACUUGACAAUACUGAAAUCCUACAGACCAAAAUCCACUUGUCAGCAGAAGCAGUGGCCCAGCCCAGCACCAGUAGUCUUCUGGCUCAUCUAGGGGCAGCCAAGUUGGGCAAGGAGAGCCACGGUAGGGGUCCAGGCUGCUUUAGUCCAUCUGUGCCCCACCCGCCUGGGGACAGGUGGUUUUUUUCUUUAUUGUAAAAUUGUGGACUUUUAAAUCUGUUGACUAAACAGUAAUUAAUUUAUAUUUGUGAAAAAUGCCACUGUCCUAGUGAUUUCUGAUGUAAAUAAUGUUGUUUAUAUAGUAUGUAUUAAAUUUUCCUACAUUGUAAAACUGCUGUACUUUUGAUUCUUGUAUAUUAAAAGGCGUUAAUAAGGAUUUUUAGAA